AUGUCCCUCCUGAUCCAACCAGCCCUAAAGCUCGUCGAUUACAGCUUCAUGACUCCAAAACCACCAAACAAUACCUUGACCGUUAUCUCAGAACAGAAAUACCAUCUGAGACAAGGGCAAUUCAGACUCGAAGCUUCUAUCCGCUUUGGACACCCUUGUGUUAUCAACAACAACAACAAGAGGCUGAAGCCAUCGAUUCUCUCAAAAUGCAUGCUUUUAGCAGAGAAGAAGUGCCGCAAACUCAAAAUGGGCACGAUUGGCUUCUCUGAGGCCACCGAACAUCCAAAGCUUCGUAUUGCAUUCUGGGAGACAGCAAUUAGAAGAAGGAAAGGACUAACUGUCGGUGCUUCUCUAUGGAACAGGAAAAAGAGAGCGGCCCAAAUCAGUGAACUGGUCGAUCACCUGUCUCUUGAUACUUCGAUCCUCCGUCUACAGGCAGCUCGCAAAGAAUAUAAGAAAGCCAAGAAAAACCACAAGGAACACAGGAUCAAGUUUCUCGAGCAACUCAAUCCCAAGGAUCGCGCUCGUCUCAAACGGAAAGAGGCACAACGAGAGUUGGCACAAGCAUCAAAGAGAAUCACAGGGAAGUCAGCAUCCAAGGGCGUGACCAAAGUGGAGCACAACAACCGAGAAUGCACAACGCGAGAAGAAAUAGAGAGCACGUUACUUCAAGUCAACAAAGACAAAUAUCAUUCCUCCGAGAUCACUCCAUAUCUCCAAAGCCCUCUCAUUGAUGAGUUCGGAACUAAGGGGGGCACAGUAGCGUCCUCAGCUGUUCUCAAUGGCACAUACCUUCCUCCCAUCGGCACAGACCCAGACACAUCCCUUCUGCUUCAACACCUUAGACGCCCAGAUACGUCCAAUCAACCACCUGAGUCCCUAGCCACUCCCAGAACAUCUAUUACUACGGACGAUCAUAUCAAAGGAUGGAGGAAAGCUAACGAGCGUACAUGGACUGUCUAA